AGGAAUUACUCAAACUAUUCUGUAUUCAUUUAUUUAGUUCAAUAUGAACAUAUUACCAUCCGUGCCAAUACAAAGCCCCAAAGAGCAUCCAAAUAUGGAAGAGAUUAGAUGCCCUUCACCAACCCUUGCAAGGAUGCAUUUGAUCAAAGGCAAAGAUGCCAUAGAUCGUUAUUUGGCCAUGCAUAUCAAAGGAUUGUCAAAACAAGAGGCUGCUGCUUACCGAAAUUCGUACAAGAAGAACAUCUGCAUAGACAUGCUACGGCAGGGUUAUCACAAGUCUUUCGCUGAGCUCUUUACUCUGAUAGAGAAGUGGAAUGCCUUGAGGGAGGCUUCAGGGCCUGGGUCAGCCAUAUGGCUGCAGAAGUCCCUAGAGGAGCAGCCUGAUAAACUGGAUCAGCUUCACCACUUCCUGACCAGGGCAGAGGCAGCCCAGCGAUCAGAAUACUAUGAAGAGAUGUAUUUGAACCAACUCAACUUGGCAUAUUGCUUCAACAAACCUGAAGACAGAUGGUUAAGGAAUUACUUUUAUGAACAGUGCUACAAAACUGCUCAACUAAUUAAAAUUGAUGGUGGGAGGAAAGAAGCUGAUGCACAUUCAAAUAUGGGGCUGGUUUAUGAGGAGAAAGGUCAGUUCCUGAAAGCUGCAGAACAUUAUGAAGCAUUCUAUCACUUGACAGUGGGGCGGAUAUGGAAAGAUGAGACAGGCCGGACUCUUAAUACGCUAGCCUGUGAACAUCUCUGGAGGAUUUACACAUUACUAGCAGAGAAAAUGCUACAAAAUAAAGAACACCAACAGGCCAUCAAAACUCUAAUAAAAGCCUUUGAAAUGGCAAAAGAAGCAGGCAACAGGAAUAUGGAGGCGGAUGCUGCCUUCUGUUUGGGUCUGGCGUAUCAUUCAGCAGGAGAAGAAGAGACAGCAAUACUGAAGCUAAAUGCUUACCUGGAAUUAUCUAAAAUACUGGGAGACUAUGUUGGCAUAGGCAGAGCUUAUCAAGCUUUAGCCCAAGUCCUGGUAAGUCUGGGAGAAGUGGAUGAAGCUAUUAAAUACUUGGAGAAGUUUAUGAAUAUUGCCAAGAACAUUCAACUGACACAUAGCUUAGUGGACGCCUGCACAUUCCUUGGAAACAUUUACAAUGAAAGAGGGAACUACUCCAAAGCCUGUGAAUAUUUUAAUCAAGCAUUUUGUGCGGCAAAUCUUCUUGGUGAUUUGCCUUUAGUGAACGAAACAAAGGCAUAUUGUGGCAUUGGGAAAGCUCACAACAUGAUGAUGAAAGUUAACAGUCAUACAGAAGCUGCAGAUCACGUCAGCAUCGAAUACCUGCUGGCUUGGAAGGGGAAUAGAAGUGACAUGUGCAUUGACCCUUUUACAGUUGGUAAGAUGCUAGUUAUGAAACGCAUUAGUGCUUCAUUGUCCUUAAUGGCUAAGUCAUUUCUCUUGUAUGGUGUUAUUAAAUUACUUUCUAAGUUUAAUCCAGUUUUCCUCCAAGAAGGUUAGAUUUGGGAUCAUGUGAAGUAUGUGCUGUGUGUGUGUGUAUGCGUAUGCGUAUAACAGCUAUCUUCACUAGAAUCUCCCAGCUUCCUCUUGUUGUUUUUCAAGCUGCCUCCACAUAAAGCUUAGAACAGGCCAGGAAAAAUGUUGAUUAGUUACAAAUUUUAAAUAGUUAGAAGUCUGUUAAGACAAGGGUAACAUAAAAGAUCAGUGUUGUAUUGUGACUGUAUAGUCCUUUACUUCAUGUCCUUGAUAUGUGGAUGUAAGUCCCAUUUAUAGAGUAUUUCAUUAUGCCUUUCUAGCAUCACAUCAGCUAGAAAACAAGCUUUAUUUAAUUAAUUCUGCAGAAGGUUAGAAGGUCCUGGUUGUUCAUCAGUGUACUGGAAAAACACAGCGAAUUUGGCAUCAAGAGCUGAAUUCCUUUGCUUGAUGUGUAUUUUAGCUGCUGCUGAAAUCAGAUUAAAUUACAGGUGUUUAUAAGAUUGGAAAUUCUCUUGCAGAAAAUUAAAAAUAUGUUGAGGGAAAGUGCUUCUUUUGGGUACUAAUGAGGAAAUGCAAAUGAGAAAUUGUCUUCAUAUAAGUACAGCUGUUGGAAUAGUAUAACAUUGCAUCAUUGGAAUGUGCAACAGUUCUGGUAGCAGCAGUUCAUUGCCAAAGAAUGUGUAUUUACUAAUGUAAAUAAACACAGACUCUGAGAAA